UGAGAGCUUCCUCAGGGACUCGGCCACUCCGAGACGUCACAGCGGCCGCUCUAGGCGCCAUCCCGAGGCUCGGCCUCGUUCUUUCGGCCCCUAGCUCUCUAUGGUGCUGGGGAAGACAUGUGGCGCCUCCCGGGACUCCUGGGCCGAGCCCUUCACCGUGUGCCAGGACCUGGCCUCCGGGAGUUGAACCACAGGUCCACAAGCCCAGGUGGACCUCAGGCUCCCUCCUCCAACCUGCUGGUCCCUGUGCCUAGCCUUGAUAGCUCCAGCCCCCAUGGCCCAAGCCCAGGCACAAGCAAGGGCCCAAGGACUCAUGGAUGGAAGGAUGCCUUCCAGUGGAUGUCUACUCGUGUCUCCCCAAACACCUUGUGGGAUGCGUUAUCAUGGGGCACUCUGACUGUGCUGGCCCUGCAGCUGGCAAGGCAGAUCCACUUCCAGUCGUCCCUGCCAGGAGCGCCUUGGCGAGCGGAGCCAUGCUCUUGGCGCAGUCCCCUGGACCGUUUCCUCUCAUCUCCCUUGUGGCACCCACACUCCUCACUGCGGAGGCACAUUCUCCCCAGCCCUGAAGGCCCAGCCCCCGGGCACACUGGCCUCAGGGAGUACAGGCUGGGCCAGGAAGGGUCCUCAGCUCAGCCCAGGAGCCUCCCCUCACGCAGUUCCUUGAGGGCAGCCGGUGUUCAGGACUUCUCUGAGGAAGAUCCCAGUGAUAUUGACUCCCUGCAUGCCAGCAGCAGCUUUGAGUCCAAGGCAAGGCUAGCCCAGCCUCAGACAACUGGGGAAAAGCAGGAACAAGAUAAAUCAAAAAUUCCUUCCCUUGAGGAGGCAGCGACUUCUAUUCAGCAGCUCUUCCAGCUCAGUGUUUCCAUCGCUUUCAACUUCCUGGGGACAGAGAACAUGAGGAAUGGGGACUACCCAGCAGCCUUUUCUUACUUCCAGAAAGCUGCAGACUGUGGGUAUAGCAAAGCACAGUACAACAUGGGCUUGUGUCAUGAGCAUGGCAGAGGCACCUCCCGAGACCUCAGCAAGGCAGUCCUUUAUUACCAGCUGGCUGCCAACCAGGGCCACAGCCUGGCUCAGUACCGCUAUGCCAGGUGCCUACUGCAAGACCCUGCCUUCUUGGGGGACCCUGAGCAGCAGAGAGCCAUGUCCAUGCUGAAGCAAGCUGCAGAUUCAGGCUUAAGAGAGGCCCAAGCUUUCCUUGGGGUACUUUUCACCAAGGAGCCACACCUGAAUGAGCAGAGAGCUGUGAAGUACCUUUGGCUUGCAGCCAACAAUGGGGACUCACAGAGCAGGUACCACUUGGGAAUUUGCUAUGAGAAGGGCCUUGGUGUGCAGAGAAAUCUGGGGGAGGCUGUGAGAUGUUACCAGCAAUCGGCAGCUCUGGGGAACGAGCCUGCCCAGGAGAGGCUGCGGACCCUCUUCUCCAUGGAGACAGCAGCCCUCGGGCCCAACGACCUGGCAGUUACAGGACUGAAGUCCUUCUCCAGCCCCUCCCUCUGCAGUCUGAAUACCCUGCUGGCAGGAGCCUUGCGCCUCCCACACGCCUGGAGCACAGGGAACCUUGGACUCCUCUACAGAAGUGGGCAUCUCAGACCCAACCCCCGUGCCAACAGCAGCGCUAUCCUGCCACACCCCCACUCCUUGGAAAGGAGUCUUGUAAGACUGGGCUUUGGCUAAGAUUUGGAAGGAAUUUCUUACCUAAAUGCCUGGAUGUGUUUGCUUGAGUUUUUUGUACCUUCACACUUCAGCCCUGAAGAUGGAGCCUGUGGGUGAUCAGAGAGGUGGCAAGACCUUGAGUCCCACAGAAGAGACCAGUUAUCCACUCACUUCCCCAAAGAACCUUGAGCACCUGCCUCAGCACAGCAAAGAAGAGGAAAGUAUGUGAAGACCCAGGCUCUUCUUGGCUUGCCUACUUGCCUGGCAUACCCUCUUGAAGCAGUGACCUGACUCACUGCAUUGUUCACUCAGUUGUAGACGAAGGGCAGUAACGGUAUUUGCCCUCCUAUCUUACAGGGCUGAUGUGGAGGUUAAACGAGACCAUCACAGCAUUUGACUGUGAAAGGGACCUUGGCUGGUGCUCACUUAGGCCUGGAAAGGCAGAGUGAUAACCUGAGGUUAUACAGCUUUCUGAGUCGUCAGGCCAGAAUGAGGACCCGGGCUUCCUGACUCCCAGUCCAGGGCUCUUUCCCACUGGUUUGCGCUGUGAUUUUAUGUGAAAGCGUUAUGAUUGUUCUACCAAUGUGAGGGGGUAAAUGGAGGUUUAAUACCUGGUGUCUUGGGGCAGGAGAGCAUAGAUUUUGAGGUCCUUCUUUGGGGAUGGUGUGCCAGAAACCUAUGAGUGUUUAAUAAAACUGAUACUGGAUUAUCUCAUCACUGUAGCCCUUGAGUGUGUUGUGGAGUGCCAGGGUGAUGGGCAGGACAGCUGAAAGCUGAGGCUCCAUCCUCAUCUCUAAACUCUCCAUUAACCAAUUUAAAGGGUCUUAAAAGCUUCUCCAAGAGAGAGACUUAGAAAAAAAUGAUUUCUGAGUCAACGCUAAUGGCUCCAAUUACUGAAUUUGCGAAUAGCUGUUCCUGGUUUCUGGAUGUUAGCCGGAGUUCAAUAGCGUAGAUGUGGUUGAGGGU